AUGGAGAAGCCCGAUCCAAGAGAAUUGUCGGACGAGGAGGCGACGAGGAUGCUCGACAAAAUCCUCGAAGAGGACGAAGAGGCUAUAAACAAGGACACAUCGAACUCUUGUCCACCUCGCGAGGAAGGAGAUUAUUCCAUCAGGAGAGUUUGCGAUUGCAUGCGAACCGCCGAGAACUCGUCGAGAUUCUCGUUGAGGGUGAUGGAGGCGAUGCGAUCGUUGCAGAACGAGGAGGAUGCGUUUCUGUCCACGUGCACCGUUGAGGAUAUAGUCGGUUAUAUCGAGGCGAAUUAUCGCGACGACGGUGACCUUUACGCUCAGGUGCGGACCGCGCUGAAACAGGUCUGUUCCCAAGGAUUCGUGAUGGAACUGUUGGAGAAUGAGUACCACCUGGUAGGACCGGACGCCAUUUCGAUGAACAAAGUCACAUACUCGAACAAACGUGACGACUGUCUUUUAUCCUCAACGCCGAAGGCUCCGCCGAAGCGUCGUCAGAAAGAGGAGGACGAUUGUAUCUGCGAAGAAUCCACUGACGAAGAAACAGCAUUGAAGAAAGCACGUCCUAGGUCGUCUUCCAGAAGAGCUCGUCCUAGGCGAACCAGGGUUCUAGAUGUAGAAACAGGAGAGGAUCGUAGUUACGAAGAAGAGGAUGAUACUACCGAUGAUGAGGGUGUGAAAUUGGAUGUCGCCGACAGAACGUAUCUCCUUAGUAAAGAGCAAGCGGGAUUGCCACAUUCGUAUUCCCCAGCCAAUUUCUUUCGGAGAAGAAGCGCGAGAAUUCAAGAACGAAACGGGAAUGGAGAAAAUAGCAGAGCGAGGAUACAGCAAGCGACGAUGAAGGACGAAACAUCAGGGAAUAGAGAGGAAGAUGACUCUGUAAUCGAAGGAUCGGAUAGAUUUAACGUUGAGCAUCGAGAACAUCGGAGUCAAUUGCGGAUAAAGAAAAAGGACGAGCGCGAUGAAGAACUCAAACGAUGGAUAAAACGCUGUCAGGCGGAAUGCGUGCGGCAAGGGAAACGGCGGAAGAAUAAUUAAACGACUAAUCAACAA